CGCAUCGUUUUCUAAACUCUCUCGCUCUCGCUCUGGCCAAAUAGAUACAUACGUUUUAAAAUAUAGUAGAUGACAAAAGCGCGACAAUCGCUUAUCCAAAAAACAAAAAAUUUUCAAGUUCCAUUUGCAACAACAAUUUGAAUGCAUGCAUGCAUGAACUUGUGAACCAAAUGACCACCGCUGCAUCCACAUCGCAAAAUGCGUCGUCAACGCUCUUGGCCGCUGCCGGGGCAACAACAACAACAUCCACACUGACAACAGCAACAUCAACGCAACAGCCAAGCAGCUCAGCAGUUCGUGCCCUGGCCAUGGAAUACAAAUCCCUGCAAGAGGAGCCGGUGGAGGGAUUUCGUGUGAAACUAAUGAACGAUGAUAAUCUAUUUGAAUGGGAAGUAGCCAUAUUUGGGCCACCGGAUACCUUGUAUCAGGGCGGCUAUUUUAAGGCACAUAUGAAAUUCCCAAAUGAUUAUCCAUAUUCGCCGCCAUCCAUACGCUUCCUCACCAAGGUCUGGCAUCCGAACGUCUACGAGAACGGGGAUCUAUGCAUAUCGAUACUACAUCCUCCGGUCGAUGAUCCGCAGAGUGGAGAACUGCCCUGCGAACGUUGGAAUCCCACACAGAAUGUGCGUACCAUUCUCCUCUCGGUCAUAUCGCUGCUCAAUGAACCCAACACCUAUUCGCCGGCGAAUGUAGAUGCUUCGGUGAUGUAUCGAAGAUGGCGGGACUCGCAGGGUAAGGACAACGAGUAUCCGAAUAUCAUACGCAAACAGGCGCUGGCUGCCAAUGCGGAAGCGAAGCGUGAGGGCAUUGUGGUGCCCAUGACACUGGAGGAUUACUGUUUGAAGCCAACGGUUAAGCCCAGUACAGAGUCGGGCCUGGAUGCGAAUUUCUAUGAUGAUGAUUUCGAUUUGGAAACUGAAGAUUUGCCCACAGAUUCCGAGGAUGAGGAUGACGAGGACGACGAUGAGGAUGAUGAAGAGGAUGAGGAUGACAACGAUGAUGACGACGACGUAAAUGAAGAGAACCGGCAGGAAAAGGGUAAUGGCGAUAGUGCUGCGAUUAGCAAAACUAAAUGCAAGAACAACAACGGUCUGGUUGCAACGAAAACAACUGCAGCUGGUGGCGCUUCAGCGGAUGACACCGAAUCUGCCGAUGAUAGCGGCAAGGGCGAAACCUCAUAAUGCUGCAACCACAACCAGAAGCAUCUGCAAUUUCUCCUCAAUAGCUCCUUGCCCUAGGCCUCCGUGUAGCAUUUAAAUCGAAGUCUGGUGUGAACAAUCUGUCUGUGUGUGCGUGAAUCGAGCUAGGAGGCGUUUAAUACAACAUCAACCCCAAAUCGCUAUGCUUAUGUCAUUUAUCCCGAUACACAAGUUAUUGCAUCUAUAUACAACAACAACUAAAAGUAAAAACCAGUCAGCCAAUCAAACUCAGCUCCAGCAACAAAACAGCUAAUAACCCUCAGCCAGCCAGUUAGCUUCAGUUUUCUGGUCAGGCCUAUUUUGUAUUUUGAACCAAUCCAUUGAAUCGAGUUUCGGUAGCUUGCGAAUCCUUUCAACAACAA